AAAAAAAACAAAAGUCAUUUUACGUGAAUUUGAGUUUGGUUUGGUUGUUGAAUUUAGAUUUAAUUUUAUACAAAUAAUAAAUAAAAUGCCUGCCGGAUCUUCAACAGCAGACCCUCUAAGGGAAAAAGCUUUUCAAGAUUAUAGAAAGAAGCUCAUGGAACAUAAAGAAGUAGAGUCUAGGCUCAAAGAUAUGCGAGAACAAUUGAAAGACCUCACCAAACAGUAUGACAAGAGUGAGAAUGACCUGAAAGCCCUCCAAAGUGUCGGCCAGAUCGUUGGAGAAGUACUGAAACAGCUCACUGAAGAGAAAUUCAUAGUAAAGGCGACCAACGGCCCCCGCUAUGUGGUCGGGUGCCGGCGACAGCUCGACAAGGCCAAGCUGAAGGGGGGUACCCGGGUGGCGCUCGACAUGACCACACUGACUAUCAUGAGGCAUCUGCCAAGAGAGGUGGACCCGCUAGUGUACAACAUGAGUCACGAGGACCCUGGUGAUGUCACGUACUCGGCCAUCGGAGGCCUGCAGGAGCAGAUCCGGCAGCUCAGAGAGGUCAUCGAGCUACCUCUCCUAAACCCGGAGUUGUUUGUGCGCGUCGGCAUCACCCCACCUAAAGGCUGCCUGCUGUACGGGCCGCCCGGGACCGGCAAGACCUUGUUAGCCAGGGCCGUGGCCUCGCAGUUGGAUGCUAACUUUUUGAAGGUGGUAUCGUCAGCCAUAGUGGACAAGUACAUCGGUGAAUCGGCUCGUCUCAUCCGCGAGAUGUUCAACUACGCGCGCGACCAUCAGCCCUGCAUCAUAUUCAUGGAUGAGAUUGAUGCCAUCGGCGGUCGUCGUUUCUCCGAGGGCACGAGUGCGGACCGCGAGAUCCAGCGCACGCUCAUGGAGCUGCUGAACCAGAUGGACGGCUUCGACUCACUGGGACAGGUGAAAAUGAUCAUGGCCACCAACCGGCCCGACACGCUGGACCCCGCUUUGCUAAGACCCGGCAGACUGGACCGCAAGAUAGAGAUACCGCUGCCGAAUGAACAGGCCCGACUGGAGAUCCUAAAGAUCCACGCCCAGCCCAUAGCCAAGCACGGCGAGAUGGACUACGAAGCGGUGGUGAAGCUGUCGGACACGUUCAACGGAGCUGAUCUACGCAACGUUUGCACCGAGGCGGGAUUGUUCGCUAUACGGGCGGAGCGGGAGUAUAUUAUACAGGAGGAUCUAAUGAAGGCUGUAAGGAAAGUGGCUGACAACAAGAAACUCGAGAGCAAGUUGGACUACAAACCUGUCUAAAAACGUAUUUACUACUUAAUAAUAUAUAUGUCUUCAAUAUUAUAACUAUGUUUAUGUUCUUAGGUUUGUCUCAAAUAUUAACGCAGUAUUGAAUAGGCAGGUACAGUUCAGUAAUAUGGGUUAAUAUUUGACGCAAAUAUUUGAUGAAAUUAUGAUUUUUGUGUACUGCUCUAGCCUGUAAAAAUAAGAUAAUAAAACCUUGGAUUUCCA